GACGUUGAGAACGCUGAACAGAUCUUGUGUUAGAGUUAAUGUGGUAUUGUCGAUUUUUAUAUUAUCUGAGAAAAGAAAUUAAUAUUUACUCUCAUUUUUGGGUUACCAAUCAAGUGCGGAUGAACUUAGGAAUGUUUGCGAUAACUGUGGUGUGAUGAGGUGUGUUGUGCAGUGGAUGAAAAUAAAGCUACUGUGCAGUGGUCGUAAAGCAAAGCUGGUGAGCUGUUCAAAGUAAAACUUUGUAAAGUAAAACUGCUGAGCUGUGCAGUGAGUAUGAAGUGCAUCUGCGUAUAGCUGUUAGGCGCCACGGACAGAUUUACAUUAGUGAACUAAAAUGACCCUUCUAGGCUUCUAACGAGCCAGAGGUCAAAGUGAGGUCACUCGCGCGGCCAUCCAAGUGUUCUUGUUCACACGCAACCUUCAUGCCUGAUCGGAUGAAUCAAAACAAACGGACUCUGAAAAAUCAGCCUCUAAAUCCGUCUGCCUUCUCUACGGGAGCUGGCGAUGAAAGAAACUUGAAGAUGUUGAGGCCAGCCGCAGGUCCGCGUUCAAGACACGCAAGCGUCUUGGUCAUCAUUUGCCUAGUGAGCUGCGGCGUCGCAGCGAAUGCGGGGUUCGCCGGUGCAUGUCCGAGCUGGGAGGAGAACCAAUGGUGUCACUGCUACGAUGAAGCCGGAGGCGUCUAUAUAGAAUGUCCUGCCGUGUCCCUACAGGUAGUUCACGAUCUUCUAAACAUCGUUAAAAGUUCAAUAACAUCGUUGAAGGUUUAUGAUCUUGAUCCUCGUUCCAACAUCCUUCCGCCCGGGGUGUUCGCUCGCAGUAACAUCGUCGGUCUCGAGCUGUCCGCUACCAAGCUACGGAACAUUGCACCACAGGCCUUCGCUGGGUUAGAACAUUCCCUUGAAGCCCUUACUUUGGCACACAGUCCUCUCGAUGUGAUUCCCCAACAAGCCCUUAGUCCUCUCAAAAAACUUCGAGUCCUUAAUCUGGAGUUCAACAAUCUGUCACACGUGUUUGACGACGCAUUCCACGGUCUCCCAUUGCAGAAAGUAAACCUUAAGAGCAACAUGAUGAAGACAAUUGCACCUGAGGCCUUCCGCGGUCUGGAAGCCUCAAUUGAAGAAAUUAACAUCAUGAAUAAUGACAUCAACAACCUACCAUUAACAUUGCUACAGAACCUAAAGUAUUUGCGAGUUUUCGAAGCUUCAUACAACCAAAUUUCUGACCUUUCACUGUUCUCUGCUCCAAGUUUGGCUAACUUGAAGCUGGUUCGUUUAAACAAUAAUCGUGUUCGUGAACUUAAGGCCGAUACUCUAAACGCGCUCAAGUCUCUCGAAUCUCUGUACCUUUACUCAAAUGAGAUUUCCUCUAUCCACGAGAACAGUUUCGCCAAAAACUCUCAACUGACCAACAUUUAUCUAGGCGAAAAUAAAAUAUCACUCUUGGACCCUGCGACUUUUCAAAAUAAUCUCCGGUUGAGGGUAAUUGAUUUGGGUAAGAAUUUUGUGCAGUCGCUGGAUCAUUGCUUGUUCUGCAAUUUAGUCAAUCUUGAAGAGCUUACUUUAGCUUACAAUUACAUAACAUUCUUACCACACGAUGCCUUCCAGAACUGCGUCAGUAUUCAGGUACUGAACUUAGAGGGCAAUCAGUUGAAGUAUAUUGAGGUAGAUGCCUUCCGAGACCUUACUUCAUUGGAAACACUUCUCUUGGGUAAGAAUAAUAUCUUGGAAAUUGGGAAGCAAACAUUCCUAAAUAAUGCUAAUUUAAGGGUUCUCAGUUUAGAGAACAACCGUAUAGACAUUCUCUCUGAAACUCUCCUGAAGAACAGCACGGCCAUCCGCCAACUCAUGCUUCAGAACAACAAACUGAAAAAAAUAGAGCGCGGUUUCCUAUCCCGACAAUCUCUUCUCGAGAGCUUGAACUUAGAGGGCAAUUCGAUCGAGUUUAUUGAAACAGGGUCGUUCGCAAACCUCGGCAGACUCCGGUCACUGAACCUAAAACAUAAUUUAAUUGCAGCGCUGCCUGAUAUUCUUGCAUUCCCAGAAAGUAACCUUCAAGAACUUCAUUUAUCUCAUAAUCAUAUCAGUACAAUUGACGACCACUCGUUUAGAGGACAAAGGCUAUUGGACACCCUUCACUUGGACCAUAACGAACUGUCAGUUAUCAGCGGCCACCUGUUUUCCGACCUGGUGGAGCUGAAGGAGCUAAAUCUUGGCAACAAUGAAAUAGUGAGAGUUGAAGAGGAAGCUCUGAAGCCAAUGAAAGAACUGUUGUACCUAACCAUGUCUAAUAAUAAACUGCCUGUGAUCAGUGCUCGCGUGUUUGAUGGUUUAGAGUCUCUGAGAGAGUUGAAUCUAAACCUCAAUAAGAUCAACACCAUCGAACCUCGCUCGUUUAGUUCUUUAAAGUCAUUGGACAACUUGGAUUUAUCUGAAAACGAACUUGGAUACCUGACGAAAGAAAUGUUUGAAGGAUUAACGAGACUUCGGACAUUGAACUUGAAAAAUAAUAUUGUGUCUCACAUUGAAGAAGGGAUUUUGGAUGGACUUUCAGACCUGGAAGUUUUGGAUCUGAGUAAAAAUAGCAUUCCUACUCUAAAGAAUGAUUUUCUAAGGCAUUCAAAUCUUGCCAAACUGAACGUGAGUGGUAACAGUCUGCAAACUCUCGACGUUAGUAUUUUUGAAGGCCUAACGAAGUUAGAAGAGCUCGACAUGAGUGCAUGCGGAAUAACUGAAAUUCCACCUCAGUUAUUCGAAUCUUUGUCGCAGCUGAGAGAACUUGAACUCGGUGGAAACAAAUUAAAGCACUUAGAAUCGGGAAGUUUCCAUGGACUCUCAAAUUUGAGAAGGCUUGAUGUUUCGGAGAAUAAGAUCCCUUCUCAAAAUCUUGAUGCCUUACUUCCUCUGAAGAAUUUGAUCGUUUUGAACCUUGAUGGAAAUCCUCUAUUCGAAUUAAGUCCAGCCCUGAAAAAUUUAGAAUCUCUCGAAGAACUUAUCGUUUCCAGGACAAACUUGACCAGAUUGAAUGCUGAAGAUCUGUUUGCCCUGACCAAACUAACGUUUUUGUCUCUGCAACACAAUGCCUUGCAGGAUAUACCCAGAGGAUUCUUCCGGGCGUGCCCAAUAGAAAAACUUGACUUGUCCUACAACAGAAUGCGCACGAUUCCGGUUGCAGCUCUGGACGAAAUCGCUCAAACUCUCCAGGAGAUCAGGGUUUCCCACAAUCCAUUAGAGGGAAUUUCUUUUGGCGAGCGACAAUUUCCUGCGCUUAAAAUAAUCAUUUUGAGCCACACAAAUAUUUCCAUGAUCAACGCUAGAGAUUUUAUUGCUGUACCGAACCUCAAAAGUCUCGACUUGUGUUCAUCAACUAUCAGUAGAGUUGCUCCAGGAGCUUUCAGGACCCUUGACAAACUCGAAAUUUUGGAUUUGUCCAAUAACCAAAUCCAGGUGAUGCCCCGAGAGCGGUUGAAGGGGUUAACAACGCUGAAAACUCUAAACGUUUCUCGCAAUGCUUUGGAGAAACUUGAAGUCUUGCCUCAGGACAUGAAGAACUUGAAGGAGCUGGACGUCUCGCACAACCUCAUCACCAGUCUGGACGAAGGCGUCUUCAAGAACGCUCGUCAACUGCAGUACAUUCUACUGCGUGGUAAUUUCCUGAAGGAUUUCCCGAACGACCCGUCGCUGACUACGAGUGGACGACUCGAGCUGCUCGACGUGAGCUACAACAGCCUGACGAAUAUCCCUGACGAAGCUCUCACCAAUCUCAUCAUGCACGCUCGUCUUGUUGAUAUUGCAGGCAAUCCGUGGUCAUGUGACUGUGAGUUAGAGGAGCUCUGGAGGUGGGUUACUGCCCACCCUGGUGUGCUGGCCCCACACUCGUCCCCGCUCGCCUGCAGCUCACCUCAGUCGCUGAAAUCCGCGUCGCUGCUGUCGCUGACGCCGGCGCAGCUGUGCCCAGCGUCAGCCGCUGAGGCGCCGCCGCUGCUGACGCUGGCGGUGCUCGACCCCACGCCCCGCAGCCUGACCGUGCGCUGGCGGACGGCGGCCCACCGCCCCAACGCCACCACCGCCGAGGCCCCGGAGCUGGCGGUACAGGAGGUGUGCGCGGAAGGCAGGACUCUAGCAGCCGACGGAGGGGAGCCUGCAGCAGAGCCUGUAGCAGGCCUAUCCAGACUAGGCCUGAUAGUAGGCUGUACCCUGGCCCUGCUGGCGCUGGUGCUCAUCAUCAUCUUGGUGGUGCUCACAUGGGUGCGUUGCCGAUCACGCAACCGCAAGACGCACCAGCAUCACCUACACAUCGAACAUCAGCACCACAUCCAACAUCCUGUCAACUCCUACAGCCACUCCGUCAAGAACGGCGGCGGGGGCGGCGGCCCCAACUACUACAGCCACUACUACGGGCUGCCCCCUAACGCCCCCGAGGAUGACGAGUUUGCUUGUUAAAUCUACAUUUUAUAAUGUAAAAUAUUUAUUAUUAAUUGGUGCUUUUUGAAGAUAGUACCACUCAGAGAAAUAAGCUAGGCUUGUUCAAAUAGCGGUGUACAUUUGCACUUGAGGGGCCAUCUUGACUCAGUUUGGCCCGGCAAAAGGACGUGUUAUUACCGAGUGCAGAAAGUGCGUCCUUGUUUAGACAGUGUGACUCAUUCGUUUUCUGAGUGAGUGUUUGGUAAGAGAGAAAUUUUUAAGCUAUUUUCGAGUGGAUUUUUGUUGAAAUUCUGUAUCAUAUUCACUUACUAUGCAUAGAUUAUUCUUAUGUCGCCUGAUUAAUGCAGAAUGAAUAAAUAAUUUGAUUCUAUGCUGCAGUCGAUCGUAUCCUGAUCGCAGGUUGUCAUUGAUUGAGUCAUUAUUUUAAAAAUAACUCUACUUGAUAUCGUGGAUAUUGGAGUCGAUUGCCUUGAAUUUGCGCCUUUAUAGUGCCGCGCUUGAGCUUCACGUACCGUUACCGACCAAAUUUUAGAGCCACUGGCCUAUUACAAUGACUUUUACGUAAAUUAAUAUUGAUUCCGCCUAAACGUUUGCACGGCAUUUAAUAGCCCGGAUAAACUCCACAAUUAAACAUGCAUUUGACGCCAUAAGUCUAUUUCUGCUCCUAGUGAAAGUUUAAUUAAGGCGAGUAGAGGGAUAAAUUGAUUUAUUCUCAGAACAAAUUUUGUGGUCGCAAUUAUGUCCUUAUGUAACGCGCGUUGCUUAAAGACGUGAGCCACAGAACGGUUGAAGCAAAGUCUUCUGGAAUAUAAAAAAAUUGUCGUUUAAAAUUUCACACAUUUUUUCUUGUACUUAAUUAUGUAUAUUUGAACCGAGAAUUUUUCUAGAGGCUAAGUUACAUUUAGUCGUAGGUCGUUGUAUAGAAGUGUGCAGUCAAGACUUAAAGUAUCAAAGUUUCUGCUUCGUAUCAACUUGACUCGUCAAAGAUGAUAGAAAUAAAGGUGCACGAAACUUCUAAGUACUUAAGAAAUCAUAGAAGCUUUUGAAAUGUAUGUGCUUUCUGUAAUGCCUUCAUUGUUGCAUAAGCUGCUUCACUAUUUCCACGCGUGCCUUCAAUUGAUGUCGUUAGCACAAAAUGAAAUGAAGUCUGAGUCGUUAUUAAAUCUAGGUUUAUGUUAAAUUUACCUGUUGAAUAUGGGUGUUGUUUUUCAAGCUCGUGUUGGUUGGAUUUGAAUUAUUAGUCUUUAGCUUCAAAAAUAUAAAGAUUUAAAAUCUAUUUGCGUCGAAUGAAAUUUUACACUUGAUAAAAUAUUUAGAGACAAAAUUGUUUAGAAAUUCUUAACGCUUGUCGCUUGUACAAAUUCUAGUUUCAUAGAAUCUUUAGUGAAUAUCGCUUGUUGGAUACUAUCCUAUAGCUUUCUAUGUUUAUAUAAACAAAAAAUUAAUGAGAACGAAUGAAAAAUAGAACAAAUUCUCAUAAAAUAUGUUCUCAUAAAAAAUAAGAACGAAUAUUUAUGGAUGGUCUAAUUCACGAAAAAUGACAAACCUUCACUAAUGUCGUCAAAUUGCCAGAGUAAAAAAUUUUGUUAUGAACAUUGUUGUCCACCAACUUGGGUGCCGCUACCACUUGGCCUGCGGCCACGUCUGAAACACGUAUAUACUAUCCCUACCAAAAUUUAGAGUCGCUCCAGCUUCUGGUACUCCAAAUCAGAAGCUGACACGUCUGUAAAAAUUUCAAUGGGAUAUAGCGAUACUGAACGUGCCUUUGCCUGCGCGCGAAGCCUUAAUCGAGUAAGUGAUACACUCGCAAAGCUAAUCUAAAAUAAGUCAAAAAAUAAAAUGAAAAAAGUCUUAGAAUUUGAGUCGUUUAAGACUUUAAAUUACGUAUAAACUUCUUCAAGUACCCAAGACUCCAUAGCUCACGGGCGAAAUCAAAUAAAAGUUUUCCAUUAUUCCCAUAAAAAUUCCACAUAAUUUUUCACAGCAGAGUUCCGUCCAUGAGAACGUUACACGAGGACAUUAAAGGAUAAUUAUUAGCAAUUAAAUUAUAACUUGAACGGAUUAUUCUCCUGAUGUCACAUGUCUAAGGUAACAGUCAUGCAUUCGUAGACAAAAAUAGGAAGCCUGAGUUUUUGUAAUAAAAAGUUUCAAUUUAUUACUUUUCGCAUAUUGCGAAAAUAUGUCUGAAAAUGAAAAAAACUAUAUUAGAAAGUACAAGGGGUCUGUUUAUUAAUGAGCUUUAAAAAAUGAAUGAAUGAACUUUCAUUUGCUUGUAAUCUGUUGAUAACUUUUAUUUUUUAUUUUUUGAAGGGCUUUUUCCUUUAGUAUUGCUUGUUAGCGGCAAUGUAACGGAAUUUUCCAUGAUCUUUACCUUGAGUUUUUAAUGCAAAUUUUGGAAAAAUGCUUGCGGAAAUACCCGCAUUUUUAUUGACAAUCUUGAAGGAUUGUUAGGGCAUUAAUUAUGAUUGGUUGUUAUUUGAUCGGUAGGAUAGUGGUUUUAAACUACAUAAAUAAAUAGAAUAUUCUGGUUUCGCAAGCCCUGAGUAUUCUAAUCUGUUUAUUUGAUAUUGUCUACUUCUCUGCUUCUAUCAUAUCAAUUGAAGCACCGCAGGAAUAGUGUUUUUUUAUCAAAAGUUAACGGUGAUAUUUCAAUGUUCACAGUGCAACGAUCAACUGCUUCAGCCGAUUGGCCAAUAUUUUUUCUAUCAACUCUUAAAAAAUAAAUUGACCAAAGUAGUCUCCUAUAAUUCAGGUACAAUUUUUCGAAUUCCCAUGUAUAGUGCCGUUUCAUUGUGUGUAGGCAAUAUACCCCUAUGUAUGAAUGAGAAAAAUUAUGAAAAAUCGGAUUUAGUUAUAGGAAAAAUCAUCGAUAUUUUCUUGAUUCUUCUGCGCUUACCUAGAAUUCAAUUUAGCGUGCAAUUUUGUAAUAUAAUUGUUCUGCCAUUUUAGUGCUAGCUGUGUUCAUACUUAUUGACAUUAAUUAUUGCUGUUAAUAUUAUUAAUUGAUGUUUUUGUGUCUCGAAUAAGAUUGUAGUGCUCUGUUCAUAGGCGUUGUAGUAUAAUACACUGAAAAAACAUGA